UUGUGCAGGACGGCGAGUCGGUCGAGAUGGCCAGCGCGCUGGACACGCUUAUCAGACUCUUCGGGUCCAGGACGCUGUCGCUGCGGUUCGCCAACUGCUGCUACUGCUGGAUGGCCAACUGCUUCGUGUACUUCGGACUGCUGCUGAACACCGUGACGCUCUCCGGCGACCAGUACGUCAACUUCAUCCUGUCCGGCCUGCUGGAGGUCCCCGCCAACCUGCUCGUCCUGUGGCUGCAGGACUACGCCGGCCGCCGCUGGCCCGUGGCCGGCGCUCUGGUGGUGUCCGGAGUCUGCUGCCUCGCCGUCCUGGGCGUCCCGGCCGACCAGCCGGUGCUGUCGGUGGCGCUGUACAUGCUGGGCAGGUUCGCCGUCACCAUCUCGUUCAACGUGAUAUACGUCAUCUCCGCUGAAAUGUUCCCCACCAACAUCCGCUCCUCCAUGUUAAACAUCUGCUCGUCCUUCGGCACCGUCGGCCUGGUGCUGGCCCCGCAGACGCCCCUGCUGGCGACCGUGAGCGAGUCGCUGCCGCUGACGCUGUUCGGCGUCGUGUCGCUGUCCAGCGGGCUGCUCGCGCUGCUGUUCCCCGAGACCACGGGCCGGCCGCUGCCGGAGACGCUGGAUGAGGCCGAGAGCCUGGGCGCCGCGGUGGACCGCGCUGCCCAACGCCCUGGUGGUGGUGCGACCGGCAGUAGGCCUCGGGCUCGGAAGAACACAUCGAUGUACGAGAGACUCUCGUAGGUGUCACUCCCUCCCCCCAAACCUGAGUUCAACGCAACGCGACGACCUUCACGCCCCCCAGUCUGGCAGGGGCCGUCCCGCUCGACAGUGAUGCUCCACGGGACGGCCCACCUCCCAGGCGGACGCCGCCGGCCACCAGUAGGUUCUUCGCCACGGCUGGCUAUCAGCAGUAACCGGGCGCUCUGUCUCCCUCUCCCCGGCCGGAGAAUUGAGGCGGGAGAAUGCCGUUUCUGGAUAGCGGCACCACCAGCUACACGCUGCCCUCCACACCCAGAAAAAAGAUUUCUUGUUUCGAGUACAUUUUGUACUAAAAGUGACACAAGAUUAAUUUGUCCUCGACACAAGACGAUUUUUCCUUUGGAGUAAGAACAUUUUCUUCUUCAUAAAGUAAUUUCAUCUUGCACCAAGAAAAAAUUAAUCUUGUGUCACUCUCAGUACAAAAUGCACUUGAAACAAGAAAUCAUUUAUCUGGGUGCACGACUUCCCCGUCUACCAUGGCCCCCUGGUCGCGCCGGGGCGACUGAACGGGUGAUUCGUCACCCUGCACUAGUUGACAGGGCGAU